CCGAGCAGCUGCCGGCCCCAGAGCCCGUCCCACACGUGUUACGGUGCUGUGGAAAGCGCGGCCCCGUGCGCUCAGCGGGCACUCGGGGUGGUUCAGGCGGGUUGUGUUUGUGGUGCUGAUCGCCCAAGGAAAGCGGUGCAGGGCUUUAACAACAGAACCUGAAUGUUUCCUCUGACCCGUGGCCUUCCAACCCACCGGGUCUCCGUGGCCCAAAGGUCUUGUAGAGGCCUUGAAGGUGAAGUUAACCAAAGGAAGCUGUGUUAGCUUCAGUUCUACACGGCACCCAGCCCCGAUGGUAGAACCUUUGGAAAUCCCUGUGUCUUUUUCUGCUCCCAAGCCAUUUUCCCAUUUUGCUUGAUUCGGACCUUAGUGUUUUGGCAGGGAAUAAAAGUGUCUUGUUUCCAAUAGCAUUUAUCGUGACAGAGCUAUAGAUCUGUAAGGACUGAGGGUUGGCCAAGUGCUCAGCUUUGGAGGGAUGAUCUUUUCCAUUUAGCGCUGGACAGAGACUGCAGAAGUUUACUUAGAGUUCUUGUCCUGUGCAUGUCAUUGCAGAAUGAUUUGAGGUGUAUGGUACAGGUAAGGCAACAGACAAUGAACUCUUCUUUCUGACUUAGUAUAAGGAUUAUGGACAGGAAUAAUUUAUGAUAAUGACACUGUGUAUCAAAAGUCCUCUACACCAUGCAGCCUUAGCCUCAGUAGAAUUUCUUAGUGCUUUUGAGACCCUUUUUGCACGAGUCUUUUUCAUCAUGUCACUCCAGGUCCCAAUCUGAUUUGACAGUAUUUGGGAAAAAAAUUAAUUCAUUUCCAAAUGAUACAAGUUUUCCUCUUCAAUUUGUUUUCAGGGCUCUUAGGGGCAAUAGUUUAGAGGUGAGGCUUGUAGUGUCCUUAGCAAGGAGGUUGUACCUGGACUAAUUCUCGUCUGCUCUGAGCUUGGUGGCUAUGCCUGAGCAAUUACAGGUUUGUUCCCCAUAGCCUUUACUGUGUAAAAGAAUUUUUUCUGAGUGUGGGUAACCUCUGAGAAUACAAAUCCAGAGAGGAAGAAGGAUCGGAGUUUUGGCUUCUGAGAUUUUUUUUGAAUUGCCAGACCUGCAUUUCUUGAAGUUUGAUAACCUUAGAUUUUUCACAGAUCUGCUCUUUGAAUAUCAGUCAUUUGAGGACAAUUCACCAUCAGUGAUGCAGAGGCCUUCUCUGCAUCUCCUGACUGUCUCUAGCAGCCUUUUCAUACCUUUCUAUAUCCUUGAUUCUGUUUCUAAGCCCUAACAGGGAAAAACCAUGUUCUUCCUUUUGCAUUAAGCUAAAAAUCUUGUUUUUUCUGCUGUGUUUAAUGUAGGACUAAACUGUUAAAUACAAUUUGUAUAAAUGAUGCUGUGUAAAUUAAAGAUAGUAUAAUUAUGGUUAUUUUGUCAGCACUGCAAUGAAAGUACAGUUCUUCUGGUGUAAUUGUGUUGUGUGGGUGUGUGUUUUGGCUUUGUUUUCAAAUUCCUGCUGUGAUAUUGCUACAGUGAGAUGUGACCUGGGGUGUGCAUUACUGCAGGUAUUGCACAGUGGAAGGGAUUAGAGAAAUCCAGUGCCAAAAAUGGACUAUGGGCUUUGAACUAUUUUUAUGGGCUUAUAUAUGUUGGGGAUUUCAUAUUUGUUGUUCUGUUAUUACAUCUGUAAAGGCACCCAUGGCUGGUUUGGUUGCAUAAGUGUUGCAGAGGACAUUUCUGAGCUUUGCAAUGGCUUUUGUGGUGCUGCAGUGCUUUGCUUGAGUGUGCAAUGCACAGGCUGUACCUGCACAGAACACACAGCAGAUGUGAAUGUGACAUUGCUAAAAACAUCAAAGAGGAACUCAGAGCCCCAGUUUUAACACUGUUCUUUCUCCCUUUGUUUCAGCACUUUCUCAACAGAUUUAUCGUCUGCUCAGGGGAAACAAACAGCUCUUUGAUGUCCAAUAUAAUAAAGAACCAAGAAUGCUUUAAGUAGAUGUUGUGGUUUGUCUUCUGAAAAGAGUAGUUCUCCUCUUUCUUCCUUACAUGAUCUUUGUGUUUCCCUCCUGCAGCAGAUUUUUCAGGCUGUAAUACUGAACAUAUGCUUCAAGGAUGUCUCUCUCUCUCAUAAUAAAAUGGGGUGGACAGGAGUACACGAUAACCUCGCUGUCAGAAGAAGACACAGUGUUGGACCUGAAACAGUCUCUGAAAGGUCUUACUGGAGUGUUACCAGAGCGUCAAAAACUGCUUGGGCUUAAAAUGAAGGGCAAACCUGCAGAUGAUGAUGUUAAGCUUGGAGCCCUCAAGCUGAAACCAAAUACUAAGAUAAUGAUGAUGGGCACUCGUGAAGAGAGUUUGGAAGAUGUCCUUGGGCCACCUCCAGAUAAUGAUGAUGUGGUCAAUGACUUUGAUAUUGAAGAGGAAGUUGUGGAAGUAGAAAAUAGGGAAGAAAAUCUACUAAAAAUUUCCCGUAGAGUUAAAGAAUACAAAGUGGAAAUUCUGAAUCCUCCUAGAGAAGGGAAAAAGCUGCUGGUGCUAGAUGUUGAUUAUACACUAUUUGACCACAGGUCAUGUGCUGAAACUGGGGUAGAACUGAUGAGGCCAUACCUUCAUGAAUUCCUGACUUCUGCAUAUGAGGACUAUGAUAUUGUAAUUUGGUCUGCUACUAACAUGAAGUGGAUUGAAGCUAAAAUGAAAGAGCUUGGGGUGAGUACCAAUGCAAACUACAAGAUAACUUUCAUGCUGGACAGUGCAGCCAUGAUAACAGUGCACACUCCUCGGAGAGGACUAAUAGAUGUGAAGCCUCUUGGUGUUAUCUGGGGAAAGUUUUCAGAAUAUUACAGCAAAAAAAAUACUAUUAUGUUUGAUGAUAUUGGCCGAAACUUCCUGAUGAACCCACAGAAUGGACUCAAGAUAAGGCCUUUUAUGAAAGCACAUUUAAAUCGGGAUAAAGACAAGGAGCUUCUAAAGCUCACCCAAUACCUCAAAGAAAUAGCAAAAUUAGAUGACUUUUUGGAGCUGAAUCACAAACAUUGGGAAAGGUAUCUUUCAAAGAAGCAAGGACAAUAACACUAAUAAAACUGUGUGGCACUGAAUUGAAGGGAACAUCACUAAGAUCAUUGGACUUUUCCUUGCUUUUGUGCUAGAGUAUAAUAGUGCUGGACACUGGACCCAAUGCCAGAACGACUGCUAAACUUGGUCUUCCAGUUGGUUGGUUGUGGGUUUUUAAAAGAUCACAGCAAUAAGCUCAAAGUGGGAGAAACAAGUCAGUUGCUUUUUCUUGCAUUCAGUUCUGGUGUUACUUCUCAAAAUACUUUCCUCUCCUUUGCUGCUGAAGUACAACCAUAACCAUCAAAGACCAAAACCAUUCUGAGAAUAGAAAAAAAAAAAAAAUUUAGACCAAAAAAGUUGAUUAAAAAGCCAGCCUUGGCAGUGUAUGAAUUGUAUAAGUCCUCUAUUCCCUCCAUCUUUAGAAACAGUCUCCCUCUCCCAUUCCAGUAUUUAAGUCUAUAAAUUACAAGUUGUCUAAGUUUGGUAUGUAUUAGUAUGUCAGUGUUUCUCUGUGCAAGACAGUAAGAUGGGAAAGUACCACCUCUGUGGCCAGUUUACCCCAGUGUGUGAACUUGUACUAUAAAGCAGUGUUUACUGGAAAAGAUUGAAGUUUGAGGGAGAGAAACCCACUGUUACUUGGUCAGUAAAAAGCAGUCUGCCUGAAAAAUCCCCAUAUGUCAGAUAAAGGGUUUAAACCUCAGAUGGGAAAGUCACAUUCCUAACAAAGCAUGAACAAAACCCUUGUUCUCUUCUAGCUAAAUCUUGUCAAAGUGCAAACACUGUGUUUAAAUACAAUAUUCAGCCAUACUGUUCUUAAAAUAUCAUUUACUUGCGCUGCUUAUGCCUGCACUAUAGAAGUGUGAUGUGACUGCUGUUUGGCAUUUCCAACACUUGUGCAUUAUGCAGUUCAUGGAUUUGAAAGAAGACUGACCCUUUCAAAUAAAAAAUGGUAUAUAUUGUUCUUAAGGAACUAUAGCAGUUGUGUAAAUAAUAAAUACCUUUUUCAUA